AGACUUGGGUGGGUAAUCCUUGCUGUUGGAUUUACGCUUGCCCCUUAGCCAGGUUCAGUUGGUCGCACAUAUAUGAAAUUGGCCAUUGUGAUUUUUUUUUCUUCUACGUUUCCUCUUAUGGUCCUUUGUGUCUGCUUUCCGCAUGGUCAAGCAGGAGGUGGAGAGAGGUCUGGGCUGGGUCCAGCUCUCCGAGCUUUAGUCUGUGCUCCAAGCAGGCAGGGCUGUUUGACCCCGCAGGAGCUGAAAGACGACACACCUGGCGCUCCAGCAAGACUGAUUUCCCUGGCCUGGGCUUGGAGAUCAGAGGUCUGCCAUGGCUCACCUGAUGACAACACAGUUGCUGCUCCUGCUGAUCUGGGUGACCGAGUGUGCCCGGGCCAGAACUGAGCUGCUCAAUGUUUGCAUGGAUGCCAAGCACCACAAAGAGAAACCAGGCCCCGAGGACAAUUUACACAACCAGUGCAGUCCCUGGAAGAAGAAUUCCUGCUGCACCGCAAACACAAGCCGGGAAGCUCACGAGGACAUUUCCUACCUGUACCGAUUCAACUGGGACCACUGUGGAAAGAUGCCAUCGAAAUGCAAACGACACUUUAUCCAAGACACCUGCCUCUAUGAGUGUUCUCCUAACUUGGGACCGUGGACCCAGCAGGUGGACCAGAGCUGGCGCAAAGAACGAAUCCUUGAUGUCCCCCUGUGCAGAGACGACUGUCAGCAAUGGUGGGAGGACUGCCGCACCUCUCUUACCUGCAAGAGCAACUGGCACAAGGGAUGGAACUGGACCUCGGGGUAUAACCAGUGCCCUGUGGGGGCGUCUUGCCAACCCUUCACCUUCUAUUUCCCUACACCUGCUACUCUGUGUGAGGAAAUCUGGAGCCACUCCUACAAACUCAGCAACUACAGCCGAGGGAGCGGCCGCUGCAUCCAGAUGUGGUUCGACCCAGCCCAAGGCAACCCUAACGAGGAGGUGGCGAGGUUCUAUGCUGAGGCUAUGGGUGGAGCUGAGCUUCACAGGGCCUGGCCACUAGUGUGCAGCCUGUCCUUAAUGCUGCUCUGGGUGUUGAGCUGAGUCCAUUCCUCUUCUGAUGCCUGGGGAGCUCCCUGCCUGGCUUAGCCUCUCACCUCCUAGCCUUCUUUGUGGUGGGACCUCAGACAGCCUGCUUAAAUAAACCAAAUAUU